UGUUGGAUAUGCCUUGAAGACCAAGCUUCAGCAAAACGGUGUCGUUGCAAGGAUGAGUUCAGGAUACUCAGACCGGUGUCGUUUCGCUCAAAGGAGACAACGACCAAAAACAUCGUCCUUCGCAAACGCUCCUGUUCUUCCAUUCUCGAGCACUUCAUUUCGCAGACCUCUACUUUCUCACGAAGAACCAGGCUGCCGACCUUCACCCUACUCCUCUACAAUCAUGAGUAUAGGAAACGGUUUGAGGUCUGCUCCAUUCAAACGGUCACCUUGUGACCAUAUCUAUUUAAAGAGUUCGAAUGUUUUCCUGUGUGUGGUUGAGUGAGUGAGAUUGAGUUAUCUGCUCUGUACUCAAGGUUGAACCUUCUUCAGUAGGGAAAUCAUAGGGUGGUUUAGACCGGGUGAUUGUCUCUUGGGAAGAAAGGGUUCUGUGAGAGUUUGAGAGUAAUUUCUCUCGUUUGCAAAGAGCCAAGCUUCUUGGCUUGGCUAGGGUUUCUAAAUUGUUUCCAAACAUUCUGUAAUUUUCCAACAAAUUCAAUAAAAUUGUAGUUCUUCUUUUCACUCUGAUUCC